GACGUGAUAACAACUUUUAAACUGAAACUUCGAACUUGUCUCAACUUGUUAUGAUUGUGGAUUGUAAUUGUGAAUAGAAAACUGUAUAAAAAUAUCAAUUAAUAUUUUUAAAGACCCAUAAAAACUCUAAACUCCAUAUGGCGCCAACAAAAAUUGAUCAUGGUACAUUAAUUAUUCUCGACAUCGGCAGAAAUGUUUCAAAAACGGAGGGAAAAGGUGAAAAAAGUUUUUUUGAAAAUGCAAGAGAAUGCACCGCUCGUAUUAUUGAACGUAAAAUAAUCAGCCAAGGAAAAAAUUACCUUGGUAUUAUAUUAUUAGGUUCUAAGAAAAGUACUGGGGAUUUUAAAUACAUAGAAGUAUUUUCUGAACUUCAACAACCAACUUGGCAAAUGAUACGAAAUCUCCCUGAUCAGCCAACAAAAGCUAAAGGCAACUGGUUCGAUGCUAUUGUAGUGGCAGCCAAUCACUACAUGAAUGAUGUGAGUGGUGUCAAAAUAAUGAACAAAAAAAUUAUUCUGUUGACAAACUUUGAAGCUGCGUCACAUAUUGACAGAGAAGACAUAGAGAAGGUCUUGGUUGGCUUCAAAGAAUCAGGCUUAGAAAUUGAUGUUUUUGGUCCAGAUAUUUAUUCAGAAGAUAAUAAAAAUGAAGACCUGGAGUUUGCUAGAGAAUUAGUUUUUGGAACAAAUGGAACUACGACAACUUUCGAUUUUAUCAUGAAAUAUUUGUUAUUCCACAAAAAGAAAGUUGUAAACCCAAUACCUUGGAAUGUUGAUCUUAGCAUCGGCCCCAAUAUCAAAAUACCUGUAUCAGCAUAUAUAAGGCUUAAAGACGAACCUGUUGUUAAGAAGUGGUUAGUGAGUGUUAAAGACCCUGUGACAAAUACAGCUAGCACUACAGAGGGUGUAAUGAAAAAUAAAGUAUUUGUCAAUUCUGAGAACCAAAAUGUAGUAGACCACUCUGAAGUAAUAAAGGGAUAUUGUUAUGGCCAAGAAAUAAUACCCUUCUCCGAUUGUGAUAAAAGUAUGCUUUAUGAAUCAGGUCCAAAGUCACUUGCGGUGUAUGGUUUCACGCAAGAAAGUAAUGUAUCAUGGCAAUGUUUAAAUGGUGAUGGCUUAUCAUAUGUUUUCGGUCAAAAAAAUGAUAAGAAAGCUCAAAAUGCAAUCAGGUGCCUUGCCGAGUGUCUACAUGAACUAAAACUAGUUGGUAUUGUGAGAAGGGUAUACAAUAACGGAAAUGCACCCAAGAUGUAUGCUCUGAUGCCUGUCAUAGAUCCCAACUUUAUAUGCUUAUCAAUGGUUGGAAUUUGUUUCAAGGAAGAUAUAAAAAGCAUAGCUUUUCCACCACUUAAUCUGAAAAAGUUUUCUACCACGGAUGAGCAAGUUGAUGCUUUUAAAGAACUAAUCAAAGCAAUGGAUCUGACUAAAGCUUAUGAUGAAGAGGAAUUUGAUGACACUGAAGCAUUUCCUAUUGCAGAAUGUGUGAGCCCAUCAGCACAAUAUGUACUUGAUUGCAUUGCCUUUAGAGCAAUGAAUCCAGGUAAACCUUUGCCUCCACCCAGAGAUGACAUAAUGAUGUUAUUCAAAGUACCACCAUUAAUUGAGAAAAGAUCAAGAGAUCCAUUAGAAAAACUUAAAAGCCUAUUUGAGUUGAGGAAAGUUGAAGUAAAAACAAAAAAAAAACAAAUUAAUCCUGGAUUGGAUAUUGAUAAUGGUACAAAGUUAGAAAAUAAUGCUGACAUGGAUGACAUGCCAAAAAUUCAUUUAGAUCUUAUCAAUAAACCACACAAAGUUAUAAACGUUGGAACAAUUAAUCCUAUAGAUGAUUUCAACACUUUGAAAAAUGAAGGUAAACCUUUGCAGGACCUAUACAAAGAAAUGUCUGAAGCUAUAGAAAGUAUGGUUUUUAGCAACUUUGAUGGAAAUUAUGAUAACGCCUUCAAAGCAAUGCUGCACUACAGAACAGAAUGUGCUAAAUCAGAUCCUUCAUACUACAAUAACUGGCUCAGAGAUUUUAAAAUGGAACUUAAUGACAGGAAAAAGAAUAAUAUUGUGAAUAUGUUCAGUGAACAGAAAGUUAAUUUCAUUUUGAAAGAAGAAAAUGAGAAAAGCACUUUUGAAAAUGCUGAUGAAGAUAGUCAGUUAUAUGAGAUGGAAACUAUGCCUACACUUACCGAAGUCAGUAUUAAUUCAGAGAUAAAUGAUAUGUUUGAUGAAAUGUAGAUCUAAUUUUUUUCCAAAUACUAAGAUCUGUUAAAUAUAGGCAUAUGCUUAUGAUGUUUGUGAUAUUUAUUACAUUGUUUUAGUUUGAUUGAUUCAAUAAAAAAGUCUA